UGGAUGUUUGGAAGGUUGGUCUGGUGAUAUUCAUUGUGAAAUCAAGGACCCUUCUACAACUGUUCAUAAAUGCAUGCCGGGAUGGAUAGGUGAUUGGUGUCAGGAUCAAUGUAUUAACGACUCAAUGUGCCGACCAACAGAAGUUUGUAAAAAGCGGGGACGAGGACUUCGCUGCAUAUGUGCUCCCGGAUGGCAUGACCGUAAUUGUACGACUGACAUAGACGAAUGUACGAGAAACCCGUGCCCAAAUAAGGCUACUUGUUUAAACACACCUGGCUCCUACGAAUGCCCGUGUUUGACUGGCUGGACGGGAGACAACUGUGACAAGGACAUUGAUGAGUGUUUGAUGAAUCCAUGUCAACACUCCUCAACAUGUGCAAACGAACAGGGAAGUUACAAAUGUAUGUGUUCGUUUGGCUGGAAGGGAAAUAACUGCACUGAUGACGUUGAUGAAUGUACUUUGAAGCCCUGCAAAAAUCAAGGGAAAUGUACAAAUAGUCCAGGUUCGUUUGAAUGUAAGUGUCUUUCAGGUUGGGAAGGAAGCGACUGCUCUUCCGACAUCGAUGAAUGCGGGGUAAACCCUUGUAAAAACUCUGGCUCUUGUACAAAUACUAACGGAUCAUAUAGAUGUGCGUGUGCUUCUGGUUGGGGAGGUGUCAACUGCACGGUAGAUACAGAUGAAUGCCAGCUGUCUCCAUGUUUAAACAAAGCAACGUGUAUUAAUACUAACGUUUCCUAUAAGUGCAUUUGUGAGCCUGGCUGGAAAGGUUUCAACUGUUCAGAUGACAAAGACGAAUGUAAAAGCUCGCCGUGUCUUAACUCGGGAACAUGCAGUGAUACUGCAGGUUCAUAUACAUGUGCAUGCGUAAUCGGAUGGCAAGGUGAAAACUGCGUGGAUGAUGUUGAUGAAUGUCUAAUGACACCAUGCUUGCAUGCGGGAACGUGCCAGAACACCGAUGGUUCCUUUAAAUGCACGUGCUCCAAAGGCUGGCAAGGCGAUAACUGUUCGGUUGAUAUUGACGAAUGUGUGAAGACACCAUGCUUACAUUCAGGAACAUGCAUAAACACCGACGGCUCAUACACCUGUACAUGUUCGCCUGGCUGGCAAGGCGAUAACUGUUCGGUUGAUAUUGACGAAUGUGUAAAGACACCAUGCUUACAUUCAGGAACAUGCAUAAACACCGACGGCUCAUACACCUGUACAUGUUCGCCUGGCUGGCAAGGCGAUAACUGUUCGGUUGAUAUUGACGAAUGUGUAAAGACACCAUGCUUACAUUCAGGAUCGUGCAUAAACACCGACGGCUCAUACACCUGUACAUGUUCGCCUGGCUGGCAAGGCGAUAACUGUUCGGUUGAUAUUGACGAAUGUGUAAAGACACCAUGCUUACAUUCAGGAACAUGCAUAAACACCGACGGCUCAUACACCUGUACAUGUUUACAAGGCUGGCAAGGCGAUAACUGUUCGGUUGAUAUUGACGAAUGUGUAAAGACACCAUGCUUACAUUCAGGAUCGUGCAUAAACACCGACGGCUCAUACACCUGUACAUGUUUACAAGGCUGGCAAGGCGGUAACUGUUCGGUUGAUAUUGACGAAUGUGUAAAGACACCAUGCUUACAUUCAGGAACAUGCAUAAACAUCGACGGCUCAUACACCUGUACAUGUUUACAAGGCUGGCAAGGCGAUAACUGUUCGGUUGAUAUUGACGAAUGUGUAAAGACACCAUGCUUACAUUCAGGAACAUGCAUAAACACCGACGGCUCAUACACCUGUACAUGUUUACAAGGCUGGCAAGACGGUAACUGUUCGGUUGAUAUUGACGAAUGUGUAAAGACACCAUGCUUACAUUCAGGAACAUGCAUAAACACCGACGGCUCAUACACCUGUACAUGUUUACAAGGCUGGCAUGGCGAUAACUGUUCGGUUGAUAUUGACGAAUGUGUAAAGACACCAUGCUCACAUUCAGGAACAUGCAUAAACACCGACGGCUCAUACACCUGUACAUGUUCGCCUGGCUGGCAAGGCGAUAACUGUUCGGUUGAUAUUGACGAAUGUGUAAACACACCAUGCUUACAUUCAGGAACAUGCAUAAACACCGACGGCUCAUACACCUGUACAUGUUUACAAGGCUGGCAAGGCUUUGAUUGUUCAGUCGAUAUUGACGAAUGUCUAUCGACUACAUGUUUUAAUUCGGGGACAUGCAUGAAUAGUGACGGAUCAUAUAAUUGCUCGUGCUCUCAAGGCUGGCAAGGCGUUAACUGUUCAAAUGAUAUAAAUGAAUGUCAGUUGAAUCCAUGCUUGCAUUCGGGAUCUUGUAUGAACAGCGCAGGUUCUUAUAACUGCUCGUGCUCUCAAGGCUGGGAGGGCGUUAACUGUACAGACGAUAUCGAUGAAUGUCAGUUGUAUCCAUGUAUGAAUUCGGGCACUUGUACAAACAGCGCAGGUUCCUAUAACUGCUCAUGCUUACCAGGCUGGGAGGGCGUCAACUGUACAAAUGAUAUAGAUGAAUGUCAGUUGAAACCAUGCCUGCAUUCGGGAUCUUGUAUAAACAGCGCAGGUUCCUAUAACUGCUCGUGCUUACCAGGCUGGGAGGGCGUCAACUGUACAAACGAUAUAGAUGAAUGUAAAUUGAAUCCAUGCUUAAAUUCAGGAUCUUGUAUAAACAGCGCCGGUUCCUAUAAUUGCUCGUGCUCGAAAGGCUGGGAAGGCGUUAACUGUACAGACGAUAUAGAUGAAUGUCAGUUGAACCCAUGCUUAAAUUCGGGAUCUUGUAUGAACAGCGCUGGUUCCUAUAAUUGCUCGUGCUCGAAAGGCUGGAAAGGUGUUAACUGUAUAGGCGAUAUAGAUGAGUGUCAAUUGAAUCCAUGCUUGAAUUCGGGAUCUUGUAUGAACACUGCUGGUUCCUUCAAAUGCUCGUGCCCGAAAGGCUGGGAAGGUGUUAACUGUGCAGACGAUAUCGAUGAAUGUAAGUUUAACCCAUGCUUGCAUUCGGGAUCUUGUAUAAACAGCGCUGGUUCCUAUAAUUGCACGUGCUCGAAAGGCUGGAAAGGUGUUAACUGUACAGACGAUAUUAAUGAAUGUCAGUUGAAUCCAUGCCUGCAUUCAGGAUCUUGUAUAAACAGUGCAGGUUCCUAUAAUUGCUCAUGUUCGAAAGGCUGGGAGGGCGUUAACUGUUCAAACGAUAUAGACGAAUGUCAGUUGACUCCAUGUAUGAAUUCGGGAACUUGUACAAACAGCGCAGGUUCUUAUAACUGCUCGUGCUCUAAAGGCUGGGAGGGCGUUAGCUGUACAGACGAUAUAGAUGAAUGUCAGUUGAAUCCAUGCCUGCAUUCGGGAUCUUGUAUGAACAGCGCAGGUUCCUAUACUUGUUCGUGCUCUAAAGGCUGGGAGGGCGUCAACUGUACAAAUGAUAUAGAUGAAUGUCUAUUGAAUCCAUGCUUGAAUUCGGUAUCUUGUAUAAACAGCGCUAGUUCCUAUAAUUGCUUGUGCUUACCAGGCUGGGCGGGCGUAAACUGUACAAAUGAUAUAGAUGAAUGUCAGCUGAAUCCAUGCCUGCAUUCGGGAACUUGUACAAACAGCGCUGGUUCCUAUAAUUGCUCGUGCUUGAAUGGCUGGAAAGGCGUUAACUGUACAGACGAUAUUGAUGAAUGUCAGUUGAAUCCAUGCCUGCAUUCAGGAUCUUGUAUAAACAGUGCUGGUUCCUAUAAUUGCUCGUGUUCGGAAGGUUGGGAAGGCGUUAACUGUGCAGACGAUAUCGAUGAAUGUCAGUUGAAUCCAUGCCUGCAUUCAGGAUCUUGUAUAAACAGUGCUGGUUCCUAUAAUUGCUCGUGUUCGAAAGGUUGGGAAGGCGUUAACUGUGCAGACGAUAUAGAUGAAUGUCAGUUGAAUCCAUGCCUGCAUUCAGGAUCUUGUAUAAACAGUGCUGGUUCCUAUAAUUGCUCGUGCUCGAAUGGCUGGGAUGGCGUUAACUGCACAGACGAUAUAGAUGAAUGUCAUUUGAAUCCAUGCUUGCAUUCGGGAUUUUGUAUAAACAGUGCAGGUUCUUAUAAUUGCUCGUGUUCGAACGGUUGGGAAGGCGUUAACUGUUCGAACGAUUUAGAUGAAUGUCAGUUGAAUCCAUGCUUGAAUUCGGGAACAUGUGUCAAUAGCGCAGGUUCUUAUAAUUGCUCGUGCUCGCCAGGCUGGGAAGGCAUUAACUGUACAAAUGAUAUCAACGAAUGUCUAAAGAAUCCAUGUUCUACCUCUGGAACUUGUAUAAACAGCAUUGGUUCUUAUAAUUGCCAGUGUUUGCAAGGUUGGAAAGGCAUUCACUGUACAAACGAUAUUGAUGAAUGUUUAGGGAAUCCAUGUCAGAAUUCGGGAACAUGUAUUAAUAAUAUAGGUUCGUACAUAUGCGUGUGUUCACCUGGCUGGGAAGGUUUGAACUGCACACAGGAUGUCAAUGAAUGUAUCUAUUUUCCAUGUUCUUCUUCAGGGUCAUGUAUAAAUAGUGACGGUUCCUACAAAUGUAAAUGUGAUGUUGGAUGGCAUGGUGUAAGUUGUAUGGACGACAUCGAUGAGUGCAAGAGUCAUCCGUGUUUGCAUUCGGGAUCUUGUGUAAAUAAUAUAGGGUCUUACGAAUGUAAAUGUAAGUCAGGUUGGACAGGUGUUAACUGUACGGAUGAUAUUGAUGAGUGUAAACCAAUGCUAGGAAUCGAUGGAAGUCUAUGCAGACAUUCUGGGACAUGUAUAAAUAUAUUAGGCUCCUUCAAGUGUCAUUGCACAUCAGGUUGGCAGGGAGAUAACUGCGAUGACGAUAUUGAUGAAUGCGACAAGAAACCUUGCAACGCCACAUCUAAAUGCGAAAAUAGCCCAGGAUCAUUUUCAUGUUCAGGAAAACAAAUGUUCUCCGAAGGUAAAUCGGAUUCGAGAAACUCGAAAAUCAUAUUCGGUGCUGUCCUCUGUUCAUUGUUGUUGUUAUGUAGCCUCGUUACUUGGUUUGGAAUUUUGAAGUACAAAUGGAAUCGAAAUCGCGAUUUUGAACUUGAUGACAAAAAAACACCACCACCACCAUAUCAACGGACACCCGUACAGGCGUUUGGUGAAAAAGCUAUUUAUCCUUGCAAAAAAGCCAAUUAUCCUGUUGCAAAUCCAUGGGUCAUGGAGAAUAUGAACUUCUGAUAUUAAAUAUACAUGGACCAGUGUAUUUUUCAUUUACAUUUAUGUUCUAAAAACAUUAUGUAGAAUAAACCUCAUGCUGGCAUUCACGUAGUAUUGGUAACAUUCGUGAUUGAGAAAUGUUUUAUAAAGUUUCAAUCAUGUUUAGAGGCGACAUAUUAGCAGUUUUACCUCAGUUCACUUCCAACAUUUUAAUUUGUGUAGUCCUGCUAAUUUUGGAAAGGAAAAUGGUACUUUAACGAAACAUGUUGCCUUUCUUCUAUCGGAAGGUUUAUGGGGCAGCAGCGAAUGGAAACUGCAGAUUUUCAACAAGCAGGGUUUGGUUAAAUGUACGAUACAACAUGCCUUUGGGGUUUAGCAGAUCACAAGACCACAAAAAGAAUGAGUUGUGUGUUGUAUCAAAAUUUAAAAGGAAAUAUUAUAUACCCUUCUCAAAUGCGCUUAUUUGAUUGGUCGGAAGGGGUGCACGCGCGGGUCCGCAAAAAGCGAUAUUGACCCGCAAAAGUGAUAUUGUCUCUUCUGAUAUCACUUUUUCUUAUAUGUAUGAAAUAUAGUCCAGUCAAAUGAGUGCAUUAUA